AUGGGUAAUGGAAGCCUGAGUAACCAUCUUUUUGGAUCAGGGGCAAAAAAACUUAAUUGGGCAAUUUGUAGAAAGAUUGCUAUAGGAAUUGCAAAUGGUUUGGCUUAUUUACACAAAGGAGUGCAGGUGGCAAUCAUCCAUAGAGAUGUCAAAGCUAGUAAUAUACAUCUCAUCGUUAUCGACCAGUUGUUUGAGCCAAAACUGGCAGAUUUUGGCUUGGCAAAGUUUACUCCAGAUGGGUUGUCUCAUACUGAGUACUCGUGUGGCUGGAACUCUAGUGGGAAGAAAGCUGUUAUUUCGGUCAAUGGUGGCCAAGCUUUACUUCUAACAGAUUGGGCUUGGUCAUUAGUGAGGGAAGGUCGACCACUGGAUGUCAUUGAAGUAGGCAUGGCCAUGUUGGAUCCACCCGAAGUAACGGAAAUAUAUGUUUGGGUUGCUGUUCUUUCCAUG